GGGUUUCCUGUGUCUGAAACUCCCACAGCACACUGCGCGUCCAUUUUCACAGAGUUCACAGCUGUGUGAAGAUUUUAAAAAGACCUUUUUUGUUAAAAUUACGACGUGAAAAUUUAAAUUUUAGAAAGAAAAGUAUCAUUCGAGCAAGUUGAGGGUACAAAAAUGCCAGUUGUACAUAGAAGAAAAGGGAAGGAAGGAGAAGAGGAGCAAAAAACAAGCUUUGACAACGAAUCGGGGGACAAACCAAAAGAAAAUGUUGAAAAAGCUGGUAAAGCCCCAAAGAAAACUCGAGCUAAAGAUAUCGAAGGCGUUUCAAUCUUGCCACGAAUAACAGCAGCGGUGGUGAUCAUAGCUGCCUUUAUCUACAUCAGGGACUCCGUGCUUGAGAAUUACCUAACUGAGUCUGGGAUGAUCACUUUUGUUAGUGUUGAUGAUAGCGUUUCGCGUAAGUUCCUCAAUGUGAAAUGUUCGAAUGAUUAUGGAACGAAGUUCAAGAGUUGUGUCCCGAAAAAGUGCGGUAGAGCUGUCAUGGACGAUGUAGUGAGUUUUGAAGAAGCAGUUUAUCUAGCGGAUCUGGCAAAGCGUGGAAUGAAGCACGGGGGUUCUUCCGGAGGUCCCACAAUUCUUGAUCUUCAUUCAGGUGCCCUUACGUAUGGGAAGAAAUUCGUGAAUAUUUAUACUCUGGCGAAAAAACUCAAGACUGGAGAACUCUUUACAAAGAAAGACUUUGAGGUUUACAAACAAGUAAAAAAUAAGAUAAAAAAUGCAAUUGCUACGGAGUUUAAUAUCGAUCAAAACAAUUUAUACCUUACUAAGCCAACUUUCUUCUCAAGAAUGACAGCUAAGCCUGCGAAAACUAUUCAUGAUGAGUACUGGCACCCACACAUCGAUAAAACAACCUAUGGGUCAUUUUAUUACACGUCUCUACUCUAUCUCAGUGACUAUGGAAGAAAUUUUACUGGAGGACGAUUUGUUUUUGUUGACAAGAAUACAAAUCACACUGUCGAACCUAAGACUGCAAGGGUCUCAUUCUUCACAUCUGGGUCUGAGAAUUUGCACCAUGUUGAAAAAGUGAAAAAUGGGACACGUUUUGCCAUAACAGUAUCGUUUACUUGUGAUCCAAAGUUUGCCAUAACAGAUCCCUCUGCAGAACCUUAAAGAGCCCUUGUCAGCCACUGUUUUGUUUUUAAUUGUUCCUAAUCUAUAUUGGAUUGCAAAUAAUGGGUAGAAAGAUCAAUAUAAACACCUGAGAAUAAAGUAUCAGUCUUCAUUAACCAAAUUCAAUAACAGAUAAUUACAAUUACCUGUUUACAAAUCAGCCAAUGAAAAUUAAUGCUUUCUCACACUUUAUACCUUGAUAAAAUUACAAAAUGAUAGGAGAUUGAGGGUUAACUACACCUCCCCCCACCCUUAGAUAAAAUUUGAUAAAGUAUUUAAGUAUAAAUUUAUAACAUCAUGACCAGUACUGUGUACACAAAAAAACGUUUGAAAUGUUUAUUGUCUCAUCGCCAAACCCAAGCAAAAGUUUAAGUGAUGUUGUUUGAAGAGAAGUUUCUCGGUUCAGGGUUUGAAUAUCAAUCUUACAUCUAGUUGGGUUGGAUAAGCAUUCUAGGGAUGCUAAUAAUUAUAAGAACAUUUGAAUAUGUGUACCUUGGUUAAAAGGUUUAAACUAUUUGCAGGUUUAGCUCUUAUACAGUAAAAAAUAGAAUAAAGAAUUUAUUAGAUAGUUCACAGAUAAAAAUUGCUGACUCUCAUUGUGUAAGAGUAAAAUUUCUUAAGAAUAAAUGUAUCACCAGUA